UGUAGCUUAAAAUUAUCUGAAAUCAAACUACAGGAAAAAGUGGAAGAGCUUUUAGAUGAAAACAGAACUUUAAAAAAUCAAAGUACUAUGAAGUUGAAAAAGAAGAAAGAAAAAUACUCAGAACUUACGAGAUUGGUGGAUGGGGACAACGGUGUUAACCUGAAUGGAGAUCUAAUUCAGGAUGAAGUUCAGAAUCUGAAAUGGAGGGCAGUCUUGGAUUCACUCAGAAGCAGAGGUACUCAAACUCCAGUUGUGCUGCUACAUGAUAAAGAGUCUGAAACACCAGCCUGUAGUUGUGAGGGACUAAAGCAGAUGGAGGAGCUACCAGAAGACCUUAUACCAGUUUUGGAAUGCAGUUCCAGUGACUUUGAGAAAGUUGCUGGUCUAGCUGAGACUGAGCAGGUCACCCUUGGACCAGAGAGGGCAGAUACUCUAGAGGACAGUUUCACUUUGCUCAGGUGUACUCCAAGUCAUCAUGCAGCAGGACUGCUUCCCCCUAGUUCUGAGAAGUUACCCAAUGAUGAGACAAGUAGGGAAACCAAAGAUGAAGAAACCGUUUUUCUCUUGAAGGAUCACACUGUAACUUCACCAGUGAAGACAUUCCCUGCUUCUGUGGUUGAAACCUUAAUGAGGAAGAAGCUCCAACUGACCUUGUUUGAGCCUGGAAGAUGUCCCAUCACAGCUUUCGCCACUGAGAAGAAAGUGAGGAAUUUGAGUUUCUGUGAGACAAAUACUAAUCUUUGGUCUGAUGGCCUUUGCAUUGUUGCAAAAGGAGGAUUUUAUGACAGAGCUACUGAAUUUCUUCAUGGAAUGUUACCUUCCACUGUGGCUGAAAUUUUCACAACAUCUCUAGAAGAAUGCAACAUGGAAAAACAUUGGGGAAACAAGCAAAUUCUUCUAGGAAGUGUGAGUGAGAACAAAUGUCUGGAUAAAGAUGCUGCUGAUGAAAAGUAUCACCAAAAUCUCUUUACAGGGAGACCUGAAAGAGAGGAAAUACAGAAUGAUGAAGCCAAACAACAACAGGUGACCCGUAAUCUUGAGGAAAGUUCUAAAGUUUCCUACAAAAAUGAAUUAUUCAGUCCUGGGAAGCCAGGAGUGGAAGCCAGAGAGAGUUUCCAUAGCAUGCAGGGUGCCCCAAGUUUACCUGCUGAUUUCAAAGUCUUUAAAAAGUGCUUUGAAGGGAGUCUUGAAAAAAUGGAGAAAGAAGAAAAUAUUUCAGAAAACUGCAUCCCUGAUGUGAAUAGUGGAUAUAAUGGAGAAGACAUAAUUGAAAUGGAAGAGAAAGGAAAGCAGGCUCAGAAACCAACUCACCAAACAAGCCCCUCCAGCAAUAUUGGCCUGAAAAAAAGGAAAGGCCAGACCUUGAAACUCCAUGAACCAAAUAAGAAUUUCUCAUGUCAAAAAAUAGGUGCUAAAAAUGUGCAGCAUGAAUACUCUCAGAUUUUUUUCCAUUGGAUGAAGAGAGGAAUCUGCUAAACUUGCUGUUUCCUCUGCAAGAGAGGCCUGUGUGCUUAAGCAAACCAUUCCAGCCAGGAAACAGUUUUUGUAAGUGUUUCUGUCCUCUGUCAACCUGGGAAGCUGGAAAUGAAUGUGAUGUGAGAAUAUCUGUACUGGAAAAAGCAGUGGCUGUGUGUUCUCAGAGGAUAUUUCUGCUGAUGCAAGAGAAUGAGAAUUACUCCAAAAAAGUCUGUAUGUUACAACAGGAGAAUGACAGAUAUGCCCGGAUGAUGUGUGCCCUGGAAGAGGAGAUGGAUGCAUAUUUUCAAUAUGUUUUAGCAGCAGAUGAAGCUAACGUUGUUUUAUUGCAAAACUUACUUAAUGAGAAAGAAGUUGCUGGUGGGUGUUAUGAUAACUUUACAGAAGAAAGCACCAUGACCCCAGGAACAUCUUUAGUUGCAACUUUUUCUAAGAAUCUCUCAUAUGUUGAAGAGAAAAACAGGAAUUCUGAAAAAGACUCGUGGGCAAUUGCAUCAAAUAAACCUCACGGGAGCAUUCUAUCUCUGAAUGGAAGGAAAAUGAGAUACUUCCAGCUGCUUUCUGACCUGAAAGAAGAAAGAAGCAGGUGCUUCAAAGAAAUGGCUAAAUUAUUACAAGACAAGGAGAACUGUGUAGCAAAAUAUAAUGAAUUACUGCAAGAGAGAAAGAGAAAUUUACAAAGAAUAGCUCUUUCAGAAGGUGAAAAAGAAACUUUGUUGGAACAUUUGGCAGAGAUAAAGUGUGAGCAAGACAAAUACAGGACCUUAGUUUCAGAGCUCCAAGACUGCAAAACUAGCUGCUAUCAAACCAUUUCUGACUUACAGGAGGAAAAAUGUGUACUGCAAAGAGAGAUAGACAGAAUCAAGCAAGAAACUUCAGAACAGCUUGAUGAACUUCAGAAAGCAAAUGCAAACUUUAUUUUAGAAAAUAAAAAUUUAAAAGAGUUAAUGUCUUCUUUGGGUUUCACUUAUGAAGAGCUGAGAAAAGAGGAAAGUAUAGGAACAAACAAAAAUAUAGUAAAACUAAAAGAAGAAAGUCAACAACCUGGUCUUAAGCCAAAAAAAGUUGAAACAGCAUGUAGUGUAACACAAACUGAAGAACGGGGAGUUCUGGCUGUAGAUCCUUCAGAUUAUUCCCCUGGCAAAAAGGGCAGCAUGUUUGAGAGCUACAGUAUGAUGAAAGAGCAAGUCAGAAAGGUGGAAGAGCAACUAAAAAUACAGCAAAAGGAAUUAGAAAAAUCAAAAAAAGAGGCUCAGAAGUGGUACAGAGAGCUUGGUUUUGCUGAAACAAGGUAUGAAGAAACCAAAACUCAUUUGAUGCAGGCUCUCUCAGAAUUAGACCACCUUAAACAAGAAGUUGGGGACAAAAUGCAGGGAAAGCAGCUCUGCAAAUUAAUGCCUGUGUCCACAUUGAAGGAUGCCCAGGAAAAAGAGGUGAAUAAAAUAGCCAGUAAGAGAUUAGAGCAGCAAGUGUUGACCUUGAAAGCCCAGCUCAGGGACCAGGCUGCAUUACAAAAUCAGUUUCAUGACUUGCAGAAUAAAGUGGAACUCCUUCAGGCUCAGCUAUGUGAAAAGGAGAAAGAGCUGCAGAAGAGGAAGUCUGAAGUGAAGUUGACAUUAGCUCCUCUGAAGGCUAAGCUGGCUUGCCUCACCCAAAAGUGCCAGGAAAGGAACAGCUUCAUUAGGAGAAUGCAUGAUGAAUUCCACAGGCAAGGAUUUAUUAACUCUGCAUUUGAUGAAGAGAUGAAGAGCCUGGUGAAUGACAUGACCCUGGCAGAGUACAUGGUUGCUUUUACACCUAUGUGUAAUCAAGUGAUGCUGCCUUCCUCCAGAGAUGUUUCACAGGCUCGUGGACAGCCAGAGGAUCCUGUGGCAGGUGCCAAAGGGAACAGGAGGAUUGGGUCAGCAUCUGGUGACUCUCAGCCAGGGCUGGGGGGCCCCCACAGCUCUCCCCUCACCCCAAAUCUGUGUGCUGGUUCUUCUAUUGGAGUACCAAGCCCAGAGAGGAUCACAGCCUUGCAUCGAGAGCUGAGAGAAAACCACCUCAAAAACUGCCAGGGAAGAAUGUAUCAGUCACACAGAAGAAGCAGUAGAACUCUGAAGGAUGGAUGAAAUGUGGUUUGGCCUGAAGGUGACUGCAGCUGCUCCAUUAUGGGAAAAAGUGAGAAGUUGCCCUAAGUUGCCAUCUGCACCAUUUUAGCCACCUGCUGUAGUGGAAGCUGGCCAUGGACACCAACCCAAUGUGUGGUUUGAGUCUGAGUUUUGUUUUGUUUUCUUGGGA